CAGAGGGGAGGGCAGGGAAGGAAGCGCCGUGGCGGUGCCAUCGGCCGCGCCGUGGCGCUGCGGCGUCGCGGAGGCCGGUGCUGCCCCGUCCCGACUCGACCCGACCCGUCCCGGCUCGGCUCGUCCGGCGGUGCGUGCCUUGGGGUCCGUGGCUGCGGCGGGCAGAGAGGCCGCGGCGCGAGGAGGCGGCGGCAGCGGCGCUCCCUCUCCGGCGGGACAAAGGGCUGUGGGCGCGCAGGAGCCAUGGGCCGGCUGCCGCGUUAGGAACAUUACCGGCCGGAGGAGCGAGGAGGAAAGCGGCCGCUGCUUCCCUUCCCCCGGGGAAGGGCUGGAGAUGGAGCCGGCGGCGCGGCCGAGCGGGGAUAUCCUGAGGCGGAACCCGCAGCAGGACUACGAGCUGAUCCAGCGGGUGGGGAGCGGCACCUACGGCGAUGUCUACAAGGCUAGAAAUCUUCACACGGGAGAGCUGGCUGCUGUAAAAAUAAUCAAGUUAGAGCCUGGAGAUGACUUUUCAUUGAUACAGCAAGAAAUAUAUAUGGUUAAAGAAUGCAAGCAUUGCAACAUAGUCGCCUACUUUGGGAGCUAUCUCAGCCGGGAGAAGCUGUGGAUAUGCAUGGAAUACUGCGGUGGAGGAUCCCUCCAAGACAUUUACCAUGUUACAGGACCUCUGUCAGAGUUACAAAUCGCAUAUGUAUGCAGAGAAACUUUACAGGGUCUGGCUUAUUUGCAUAUGAAAGGCAAAAUGCAUAGAGAUAUCAAGGGUGCAAAUAUUCUACUAACAGACCAUGGAGAUGUCAAAUUAGCUGACUUUGGUGUAGCAGCAAAAAUCACAGCCACCAUUGCGAAGAGGAAAUCAUUUAUUGGUACCCCUUACUGGAUGGCCCCAGAGGUUGCAGCAGUGGAGAAGAACGGCGGAUACAACCAGCUCUGUGAUAUCUGGGCCGUUGGCAUAACAGCGAUCGAACUGGCAGAGCUUCAGCCACCCAUGUUUGAUCUUCACCCCAUGAGGGCUUUGUUUUUAAUGUCAAAAAGUAAUUUUCAACCACCAAAGCUAAAGGAAAAAGCAAAGUGGUCAUCAACAUUCCAUAACUUUGUCAAAAUAGCACUCACCAAAAACCCAAAGAAGAGACCGACAGCAGACAGGCUGCUUGCACAUAGCUUUGUUGGGCAGCCUGGUCUUUCAAGAUCUUUAGCAGUUGAGCUGUUGGAUAAAGUUAAUAAUCCUGACAACCAUACACACUACAGUGAAGUUGAUGACGAUGACUUUGAGCCUCACGCCAUCGUCCGCCAUACGAUUCGAUCCACGAACAGGAACGUUAGGGCGGAAAGAACAGCGUCGGAGAUCAACUUUGACAAGCUGCAGUUUGAGCCCCCUCUCCGGAAAGAAACAGAAGCUCGGGAUGAAAUGGUUGUAGCAGCUGGUGCUGACUUCGCUUCGCAUUGGAACCCUUUUGUUGAUGGUGGAAGCAGCAAGGGACUGCUUACAAAAUGUGGCGAUGGGAUGGAAGAUAUUGAAGAAUCAACACUAAAGCGAGCUGGACCGCCUCCGCUACCUCCAAAGCCAAGAAUAAACAGUUACCCUGAGGAAAGCCUUCCAGAGGAUGAGAAAUGUCAGACCAUAAAACAUUUCCCGGACGCACAGAACAGAGCUCCACCAGCUCACAGGAGACAAAGCAUCCCAGUUUGUGGAGCUCAGACUGAUUCUUCUUCAGUUGGAAUGACCAGCAGCAUAAGCAGCCCUGGAUUGCUCACAGCUAGAUACAGCGACCUAGGAAAUGGGGAAGGGAUGCUGAAACUCAUUGAAGAAAAUGCUGAAGGGUCUGGACAAAUCCCUCAGCUGCCACGUAAAAAAGAGAAAAGAGAUUUUCCUAAGCCAGCAAUCAAUGGUUUGCCUCCAACACCAAAGGUGCUGAUGGGAGCCUGUUUUUCCAAAGUCUUUGAUGGUUGUCCUUUGAAGAUUAAUUGUGCCACGUCCUGGAUACACCCAGAUACUAAAGAUCAGUACAUUAUCUUUGGCACAGAAGAAGGCAUCUAUACUUUGAAUUUGAAUGAACUUCACGAAGCAACAAUGGAACAGUUAUUUCCUCGCAAGUGCACCUGGCUGUACGUUAUCAAUAACACCUUAAUGUCCUUGUCAGAAGGGAAAUCCUUCCAGCUCUACUCCCAUAAUUUAAUAGCUUUGUUUGAACAAGCCAAGAAGACAGGAUUAGCUGCUCAUAUCCAAACCCACCGCUUUCCUGACAAAAUAUUACCCAGGAAGUUUGCCUUAACGACAAAGAUCCCUGAUACAAAAGGAUGCCACAAAUGCUGUAUAGUACGAAAUCCAUACACAGGCCACAAGUACCUGUGUGGUGCACUGCAGUCUGGAAUUGUUCUGCUCCAGUGGUAUGAGCCCAUGCAGAAAUUCAUGUUAAUAAAACACUUUGAUUUUCCUUUGCCAAGCCCUCUGAAUGUGUUUGAAAUGCUGGUGAUCCCCGAGCAGGAGUACCCCAUGGUCUGCGUAGCCAUCAGCAAGGGUACUGAACCAAAUCAGGUAGUUCACUUUGAGACAAUCAACUUGAACUCUGCAUCUUCCUGGUUUACAGAAAUUGGUGCAGGCAAUCAGCAGUUAGAUGCCAUUCACGUCACGCAGCUGGAAAGAGACACUGUCCUGGUCUGCCUGGACAAAUUUGUGAAAAUUGUGAAUUUACAAGGGAAACUGAAGUCAAGCAAGAAAUUGGCUUCUGAGCUGAGCUUUGAUUUCUGCAUCGAGUCAGUGGUGUGCCUUCAAGACAGUGUGCUGGCCUUCUGGAAACACGGCAUGCAGGGCAAAAGCUUUAAGUCAGAUGAAGUCACCCAAGAGAUAUCAGAUGAAACCAGGGUUUUCCGCUUACUGGGAUCAGACAGAGUGGUGGUGUUAGAGAGCAGGCCAACAGAAAACCCAACUGCCCACAGCAACCUCUACACCCUGGCUGGACAUGAAAAUAGUUACUAAGCAACAGUAACCCAACACAGACAACAGAGUGGAUUUGCCACGGGAGGAACAAAGCAGCUGUAGGAAGUUCAGUGACUGUGACUCCACUGUUUUUCUUCUCUUGACACCUAAAUGAUGUUGGUUUAGGGUGGGAAUCAAUACAUUAGUUUUAUUUUUUUGCAGCUGGGAACAGCUGGUUCUGUCUCUUGCCACUGUGUGGUUGGUUAUAUCGAGUUUGCUUAAUAAAAGCUAUGAGGUGAAGAGCCCUUUACUCCUUAGUUGUAGGGAAACAGAGCCUUGAAAGAAAAAAACCCACAACAAUUGAAAAAAACACCCAAGUUUUGCAGUAAAGGUGCCAUAAACUGUUAAAUAUUUUCCUUCUCCUUGGAUUUUCCUCGUGUUCUGUAGAUAGAGAUCAAGCGCUGGCUGUUUCCCUGUUUUAUACUGAGUCUUAUUCUUAAUAAACAAAAAGAUUUGUGUAGGAAGUUGAAAGGAUCUGCAGAGCUUUCUUGGUUUGAAAUCUGCCAUUGGGUAUGGCUUUGUACAAUAGACUUAUUUAAUCCUUAUUUAUUAAUCUGCUGCUAGAACGGUGUAAUGUGUCUAACUUUUAGCAAAGGAAGGUUGCAGAGCAGCUUACAAUUUGUUGGUAUUUUUACCAUUGUAUAAAGAUUUGAUCCUUUUUUCCCCCCCCUGUUCUUCUUUUCUUUUUUCCCUUGUGUAGGGGUGUUUAGUGCAUUCUCCAGGGGUGUGUUACAGCGUUGGCUGUAAAGCAAACCAAGCGGUUUUGUACGAGGAAAUAUUUUGUAUUGAUUUUUUUUCUGCCUGCAGAACUGCCAUAAAAAAGGGAUUUUUGUUGUUGUUGUUGUUGUUCUUAUCUCCUAGAUGUAGGAGGUGUGUUACACAAAAUACUGAUAGCAGGCAUGUUGCUCCUGGGUGGGUGUGCACAAUAUGUGUGUGUGAGUGUGUCUGUUAAGGUGCCUGGCAGUGUGUAUUUUAUAUAUAUAUAUAUAUAUAUAUUUAUAUAUAUAUAAAAAUGUCCAAAAUAUAUAGGCUUUAUUUUCAUAAAUUAGGGAUAAACCUGGUGAGGUGAGGUUGGAAACUGGACCUGGUUGUCAUCCUUAAUGAAUGCAAGUAUCAUGUAGCGAGCUGCCCACGACGUGUCCUUUAUUUGUACCGGCCCAGAGGGGGAAUCUCGCCAUAGCUGAGCGUUCCAGCUGUGCUCUUUCUUCAGCCAGACAGAUGUUUGGGGAUGGUCCCAGCUGUGUCGUACAAAUAAAUAUGAUAAGAGUUAGUGUUCUAUAGUCAAGCUUCUCAUCACUUUUUCCCUGUAUUGUCACCUGCAUUUUUCCUUCUCUUUUUCUUUCUCCAUUAGAGUCACAUCGGUUCCUUUUGUCUUCCUCAUUGAUUCUAAUUCUUGAGGUACCAUAAAACACAAACAGUGACUACAGGAUAGCAUCUGGAUUUACUACCUCAUGUUAACCUGCAUGUAAGGGAUCCAUAGGCAGGUGUAAGGAUCCAUAGUUGGAUGUAAGGGAUCCAUAGGUGGGUGAAAGGAUCCAUGGGCGGAUGGAAGGAUCUGUAGGUAGGUGUAAGGAUCCAGAGGUGGGUAUAAGGAUCCAUGGGCGGAUGUAAGGAUUCAGAGGUGGGUAUAAGGAUCCAGAGGUGGGUGUUAG